AUUGUGCGACCAGCGCCUACGUCAAAACAAAGGAAGACGCCCUGCCUGUAAGUUUUCAUGCUUUAAAGAAUGAUGUUGGUGUCAUCUUUUAAUUAACCUGUGCGGCAAAAACAAAACUUUUCGUCGCUUACUGGGGCUUCGUAGCCCCUCGCUGCGUUCUGCCUUCGUUCGUGUGUGGUCCGACCGCGGCAUCGCACGGGACAGCAGAAGAGCUACUGCCGCACCGCCGUAACUAACUCUGACACUAAGCCGGCGCUGACUCAGGGGAACACGAUGGAGCUGCGGUCCGGCACACAGGACGUCGCUGCCCCCAGGCUCAGCGGAGACGCGGGGACCCCGGCGCCCUUGUCUGCGGCCACCAGGGCCAAGAUUGAGCGCAAGCGGCAGCGGGCUCUCAUGCUGCGACAGGCCCGGCUGGCCAGGCGACCGCAGUGCGGGAGCGAAGGUGGUGUGUGCGCCAAGGUUUCCAAAAUAAUUGACUCUGGGGCUGGGUUCUUCAUUGAGGAGGAGGAAGAAGAGCAAGCACUCGUGAAGGUGGUGCACCAGCCAGCCCCCGUGAUCGAACCAGAUUAUCUGCUAUGUGAAGAGUGCAAUAAGCCUUUCAUGGACUCGUACCUCAGCAAUAACUUUGACCUGUCUGUAUGUGACAGUUGCAGGGACAGCGAGACAAAACACAAGUUAAUCUCCCGCACAGAGGCCAAGCAGAUGUACCUGCUGAAGGACUGUGACCUGGACCUCAGGGAACCCGUGCUGAAGUUUGUGCUCAGGAAGAACCCACACAACCCACGUUGGGGCGACAUGAAACUCUACCUGAAGCUACAGGUGGUCAAGCGCUCCAUAGAGGUCUGGGGCACUGAGGCGGCCUUGCAGGCAGCAAAGGUGUCCCGAGAGGAAGGCAGAGAGAUCCAGAAGCAAAAACGCUUCAACAAGAAAGUGAAAGAGCUGCGGCGAGCUGUGCGGAGCAGCAUGUGGAAGAAGGACACGAGCGUCCACCAGCACGAGUAUGGACCUGAAGAGAUGCUGGAUGAGGACACCUACCAGAAGGUCUGCCUCACCUGUGGCCACCAGCUCGUUUAUGAGAAGAUGUAAGGCCUGUGUCCUCAUCUCAGUUCCCAUCAUUCAGGGACCACGAUCUGGGGACCAUCCAUCAUGGACAACAUGUUCUCUGGAGGGCAUCAUAGUGUUACUAGGGCUGUCACAUAACAUCAAAUAGGUGCUAUGGAUGUUUCUGAUGUCAACUUCAUGUUUAUCAUGCAGCAUCUGUACACAAACUUUUAACAGCAAAAAUGUGAUUUUUGUGUAUGAAAUUCCUGAUUAAAAAUAAAUUGACAUUCAUU